GCAAGAAUAAAUAAGGUGUGACUGCAGAACGACGUAGUUCACCUAUUCGUUUAGAUUUCUGUACAUCUUUCAAUUUCACACAUCGACAAUUUGUUUGAUUCUGAUCAUGUCUCAACGUGUGGCCAUCAUUGGAGCUGGAGUAGCAGGGUUAUUGUCCAUUAAGUGUUGUCUGGAGGAAGGUCUGGUGCCAGUUUGUUUGGAGAGGCACGAUGAUUUAGGUGGUAUUUGGUACUACGGUGAUGAACUACGAAAGGGACAGGUCGCUGCCACCUAUGAUUCUGUGGUUACCAAUAUCAGCAAAGAAAUGUUAUGCUUCUCCGACUUUCCAUUUCCAAAGGAAUGGCCGCCGUUCAUACCACAUAAAAAGGUACAUCAAUAUUUGCACAGUUAUGCAGAACACUUCGGGUUGAAGAAAUACAUCAGAUAUAACCAAGAUGUGCUUUCAAUAGAAGAGUCGGGCGAUGAUGGAUGGAAUGUUGUCUCAAUGAAUAGUGAUGGCAGGGUUGAAGAAAUAUUUGAUCAUUUGAUGGUAUGUACUGGAGUAUACAACAAAAUACAUUACCCAUCAUACCCUGGCUUGGAUGAAUUUACGGGAAUACAGAUGCAUGCAAAUCAAUACCGAAACACAACAGGAUUAACUAACAAACGAAUUGUUGUUGUAGCUGCAUGUAUCACAGCUGGAGAAAUAUCAUGCGAACUUGCCAGGACUGGAUCUACUGAGGUAUACCUGAGCAUGCGCAAAGGCACUUGGGUUAUUCCACGCACCGGACCGGAUAGUUAUCCAUACGAUAUGCGAACGUUUUCAAGGUCCACCAUGACUGGUUCUACACAAACCAUGGAGUCAACAUUAGACAAACUUGUGAGGCAGAAUAUUCGAGACUACAAGCGUUUAGGGUUGCAGAAUCAUGAACCGAUAUUAGACACACAAUCACUGAUGAUCAACGAUGACAUCCGACGUUGUAAUCUUUGCUACUGGUUAUGA